AAAGUCACGUGUAAAUCUUUCUAAAUUACCUCUUGAAUCCUAUGCUUGAAUCACGGUUUAAUCAGUUUUUAUCCAUUUAGACACGAUGUUGAUACCAUUCAGAAGGGUGUUACUUACUGCAAUCCGAAAACACAACUGUAGACUGUUUUCGGACUCUACUUCCAGCUCAAGAAAAGGCUUAGUUUUAGGCGUGUAUGAGAAACAGUCAGACAAUGACGGGGUACAUUUCACGGAGGCUGCAGCGGCUUUUGACAGGACCGUCUCAGGAAAACUGUCAGAAAUGCUGUCGGUAUCUGGACCUCCUCUUAAGAAAGGGAAGAGUCGGAUUUUCUAUGGUUUACAUCAGGACUUCCCUAGUGUAGUUGUAGUUGGCCUGGGUAAAAGCGGCACAGGUGUGUGUGGAAACGAAAACUGGGACAACUGUAAGGAAAGCAUUCGUGCAGCUGUGUCUGUGGGCUGCAGGCAGCUUCAGGAUCUGGAGGUAGCUCAUGUCGAGGUGGACACUUGUGGAGACGGACAGUCAGCUGCAGAGGGCGCUGUGCUCGGGCUUUUUGAGUAUGAUGAGCUGAAGACCAAGAAGAAGGUCCGUGUCACGACCCAACCACAUGGGAGUGUGGAUUCAGCAUGGAAGAAAGGUGUUCUGUAUGGGGACGGGCAGAACCUGGCCAGACAGCUGAUGGAAGCUCCAGCCAAUCACAUCACACCCACAGUGUUCGCAAACACUAUAGAGCAGAAACUGUCACCUUUUGCUCAUAGAGUCACUGUCCACAAGAGGCCUCAGUCUUGGAUUGAGAGUGAGCAUAUGGGGGCUUUUCUCAGUGUGUCUAAAGGCUCAGAGGAGCCCCCCAUCUUUCUCGAGCUGCAUUACAAAGGCACUUUAGACUCUGCAAAGCCUCCUCUUGUGCUGGUGGGAAAAGGAAUCACCUUUGACAGUGGUGGAAUCUCUCUGAAGCCCUCGUCAGGCAUGGAUGCCAUGAGAGCAGAUAUGGGUGGAGCAGCCACUGUGUGUUCUGCUAUUGUGACUGCAGCCGCUCUGAAUCUUCCGAUCAAUAUUAUCGGUUUGGCACCACUCUGUGAAAACAUGCCUAGUGGAAAAGCAAACAAACCUGGUGAUGUUGUCCGUGCCAAAAAUGGCAAAACCAUUCAGGUUGACAACACCGAUGCAGAGGGCAGACUGAUUUUGGCUGAUGCUCUGUGUUAUGCUCAUAGUUUCAAUCCCAGAGCAAUCAUCAAUGCGGCUACACUUACAGGUGCUAUGGACGUGGCCUUAGGUUCUGCUGCUACAGGAGUCUUUACCAACUCUGAUUGGCUGUGGGAGCGGCUGCAUAAGGCAAGCAUUGUUACUGGUGACAGGGUGUGGAGGAUGCCACUGUUUCAGCACUACACCAGACAAAUAACAGACAGUGCCCUGGCAGAUCUGAAUAACGUUGGAAAAUACAGCCGUUCAGGUGGCGCCUGCACCGCUGCAGCCUUUCUGAGAGAGUUUGUGACAGCUGAUCAUUGGGCUCAUCUCGACAUUGCCGGGGUCAUGAGCAAUAAGGAUGAAGUCCCAUACCUGAGAAAAGGAAUGUCUGGAAGACCUACACGUACUUUGGUGGAGUUUGCUGCUGGUUUGGCCUCUGAACCGUAGCGUGAACUUUGACCGGACUGCCGCAAAAGUAUAUUUAUCAUGAUUAGUGUUCAGAACGAUAACCUGCGGUUAUAAAUACUUUUGCUGCUGAAAUUAGCAAACACUUACCAACAAGUGAUCGACACAGGGAAAGAAGGAACUUUUAGUGCCAUGAACAGAAAAUAAUAUUUAAUGGAAACUGCUGACAAGCACUGCUGAAAGCUGCCAUGCUGUAGCUAAAGUCUAGUUACACUGUAACUAGCAACAAAUCAAAUUGUU